CCUAAACAAACACCAAUUCCCGGCUCAGUUCAGCAAACAUGUCGUGUUGGUUAUUUUUCUUUUAACGUGUUCCAGAUCCUGUUGGAGGAAAAUUUACUGAAAAAAGACGAAUAGUUUUCUUUUUUUUGGAUUAAAGGAGGAGUUAUAGGUGUGUAUCUAAUAGGUAAUCGGCGAAAGGCCUUCCUUGCCUCACCUUUACACACAAAAGUAGUUUGUGUUUGUAAAGACAAAAGGGGGGUUUAGAGCCUCUCCCCUCCACCAGACGCGCCUCCUCGCCCGCCUCGCAUCAUCCAGUCGGUCUCCGCCCCACCGCUCCAUCAUCAGCUCACAUCCAGAGAAAAGAAAAAGAAACGACGGGAGCAGGAGGAAUCACGUCGGUGGAAAUAAAGAACCAUGAAGGACCGCAUGCAGGAACUUAGACAUGGCAAGGAGACGACGGAGGAAGAGGAUGAAGUCGCUGUGGGCAUGGACAAAGGCUUUAUGGAUGAAUUCUUUGAACAGGUAGAGGAGAUCCGAGGUUUUAUCGAGUCCCUGGCAGAGAACGUUGAAGAGGUGAAGAGGAAGCACAGCGCCAUCCUUGCCUCCCCUAACCCCGAUGAGAAGACCAAAGCCGAACUUGAGGAUCUAAUGGCAGACAUCAAGAAACUGGCCAACAAAAUACGCUCUAAAUUAAAGAGUAUUCAGCAAACCAUUGAGCAAGAAGAGGGUCAGAACAGGUCGUCAGCUGACCUAAGGAUACGCAAAACACAGCACUCCACACUAUCACGGAAGUUCGUCGAGGUGAUGUCAGAGUACAACACCACCCAGUCAGAUUACAGGGAGCGAUGCAAGGGCCGCAUUCAAAGACAGCUGGAGAUUACUGGCAGAAACACAACAAAUGAGGAGCUAGAAAGCAUGUUAGAGAGUGACAACCCGGCUAUCUUUACCUCGGGGAUAAUUAUGGACAAUAUCACCCAACAAGCGAUGAAUGAGAUCGAGACACGCCACAAUGAGAUUAUCAAGCUGGAGAACAGCAUCAGAGAACUUCACGACAUGUUCAUGGAUAUGGCCAUGUUAGUGGAGAGCCAGGGGGAAAUGAUAGACCGCAUAGAGUACAAUGUGGAGCACUCAGUAGACUAUGUGGAGAGGGCAGUAUCAGACACUAAGAAGGCGGUUAAAUACCAGAGUAAAGCCCGGAGGAAGAAAAUUAUGAUCCUUAUAUGCUGUGUGGUUUUGGGAAUUGUCAUCGCUUCCAUAGUUGGAGGAACUCUGUCUUAAACCUCCACCACCAUCGCACAGAAACACACACACACACACAGUCACAAAGCUACACACACGCACACAUAAACACUGGCAAAACCAGAACAGAGCAGUUAUCAGUUUCCUGUUUGGAGAAAUUGCAGUGCAGGACAUGUUUAGCAUGAGAUGUGUCACAUACUGAUGCAUUCUACACACAGUGUACAGGGCCAGAGGUGUUCUCGCUUGAGUUGCUAUUUUGUAAAUGUGUGGUGCUGCAAAUUGUUCAUCUGGUGUUGUCAAGGGUAUAAUGUUUCUUAAAAUGGGACGUUAUGAAAAUGAUACGUAAAGUUAUUCUUAGACAUUCCAAAUUGCAAGUAUGACACUACUUUGUAAUAUCUGUUUUGUGUUGUACAAGCAAAGUGACGGGUCACUCAUCCGCAGUGUUUUCAGAGACAAUAUUUUGCAUAUUUACUUAUUUGAGGUUUUGGAGUCUUUUGAAAUAUUUUAUCCUAGCUUCCUUCGAAGCCCUGCAUGGUUUAGUUCACUGUAAAGUGUUGUUUUGUGUUCAAAAGCAAGAGGGAACAACAAAAAGAAAGCAAACCCUAUACAGGUGUUAAUGUUUUGCUUGUUGAAUCAUCACACUGCCAAACUUCUUUUGUUUUACUAUUUUUUUAUACAUAGCUGAAGCAAUCUGACCAAACUGAUGUGGCUCUCUGUAUGCAUGUAUGUUUAAAAACAUAAUGUUCUGUAGCUUCUUGUCUGAAUGUGGACCAUCGAGUCACACUGGAGUGUUGGUGGUUAGCCAUCUGUGUCUUUAUUUUUUAACUGAUACAAAGCUUUCUAACACUGCCAGUCAGCUCCACUAAGCUAACCAGAGUCUAACCUAGCUAAAUGAAAUGAAUACAGUGCCUUGCGAAAGUAUUCGGCCCCUUUGAACUUUUCAACCUUUUGCCACAUUUCAGGCU